ACAUCAACUCUCCCUCUUGCAACAGGGUGGCCAUGGGAAAGGCCAGCAAGCAGACCAAGAAGUUCCAGCGAAACAGGCUUGAUGAGACCUUGAAGAAGCGCAAGGAGUUCAAGAAGAAGGCGCAGACUUUCAAGAAGCGAAAGCCGACAAGCAAGGAUGCGAUUGAUGAAGCCGCCGAUCAGGCCCUCAAGGGCGAGAAGAAGGAGCGUAAUGCGGACCUGUUUGAUUCAAUGAAUGUGGAUGACUUUAUGGCUGGUGGUUUUGAGGCUGGCAAGCCAAAACCUAGCGGCAAGGCGGCAGAAAAGAGCAAACCUGCAAAGAAAGAUGCAAGCGACAGUGAAGAGGAAAGCGAAGCGGAGAGCGAAGCAGCAGACGACGGUGCAGCGCAUCAAGAUGAACUGAAAGAGCUUUCGAAAAGCGAUCCAUCCUUUUACAAGUUCUUGCAAGAAAAUGAUGCGGAUCUACUCAACUUUGACAAUGCAGAGGAGGCUGAUCUUGACUUUUCUGACGAGGAAGAGUCUUCCACCGGAGCAGAAGUGAUAACAAUCAAGACUGUCGCGAAAUGGGAGCAGCAGAUGGCCGAUAAGUCACUGCGCUCUUUGCGAAAGGUUGUGCUUGGAUUCAGGGCGGCAGCGCAUCUCAAUGAAGAAGAUGGCAAGGUCUACAAAUUCGCCAUUGAGGAUCCCGAAGUCUUUCAACGUCUUACAAAGCUCGCCGUGGUCGAAAUUCCAGUGUUCCUGGAUGCCUAUGUGCCUGUCAAGAAGUCUGCAGGCAAGGUCAAAGUGCCAACGGAAAACAAAAAGUUCAUCAAGCUCAUCCCGCUGCUCAAGUCACAUUUCGCCACCCUGCUACACUUCCUCCAGGGUCUUACUGAGCCAGACCUACAGAAGCAGGUGCUCGACGCGAGUAUAGGACUCGUCGGUUAUAUGCUGUCCUUCCGCAAAUUUCUCAAAGACUUCGUCAAGGCUGUAUUGGACAUCUGGUCAACCAGCACGUCCGAUGCGACCCGGGUGUCGGCGUUUUUGCUGGUGCGUGAGUUUAUGCUGCUUGGUGAUGCCGGUCUUCGAGAGAGCGGGUUGAAGCUUGUUUAUGGUGCGCUCGUGAAGGAGUCGCGCAAUGUCAACGUCUACUCCCUGCCGCUCAUCAACCUCAUGAAGAACUCUGCAAGCGACCUCUUCGGACUUGACCCAACACUGUCCUAUCAGCUCAUCUUUGGCUUCUUGCGGCAGCUUGCCAUUGUCUUGCGGAAGGCCGUGAAUGAGAAGCAGAAAGAAUCCUACAAGACUGUCUACAACUGGCAAUUCGUCAACAGCCUCGAUUUCUGGUCCCUCACAUUGGCGCAGCAUGCCACAAACGACAAAGCAACACUGCAUCCGCUCAUCUACCCUCUCGUCCAAGUAACGCUUGGAGCCAUCAAAUUAGCACCCUCAUCACAGUUCUUUCCCCUGCGAUUCCACCUGAUUCGCUCAUUGCUACGGCUCUCACAAUUGACAGGCACUUAUAUUCCCCUGGCGCCCAUCAUUUUUGAGCCACUCGAGUCUGCAGACAUGAAGCGCAAGCCAAUCCCAUCAACACUGCGUCCAAUGAAUUUCGAGACACUUGUACGGACAAAGCAAGAGUACCUCAAAACAAAAGUCUAUCAAGAUCAGGUAGGCGAGCAGGUUGUCGAGCUGCUGCAGGAAUAUUAUUCCAUCAACAGUGCAUCGAUUGCAUUCCCUGAAUUGGCGAUACCGGCGGUGGUUCAAAUCAAGCGAUAUCUUAAAAAGACUAAGAAUGCAAAGCUCGCGAGAGCACUACAGUCUAUCGUUGAACGGCUGCAAGCGAACGGUAAAUUCAUUGAGCAAAAGAGGGAAGGUGUUGUGUUCAACCCUAGGGACACCACUGCACUGCUGAAGUUCUCGGAUGCAAUCGAAGUGGACAAGACGCCCUUGGGUGCCUAUGUCAAGAUUCAACGAACGAUGCGGCAGGACGCAAAGAAGUUAAUUCAAGAAAGUGAAGAGCGUGAUGCGCGGAGAAAUGGCAAACAGGAGAGUCAUGAGAUAGAGGAGGAGCUCGAGCUGCUGGACGAUCUUGAAGAUGAGGAAGAGGAAGAGGACGAUGAGUAGUGUGAUGGUCCACUAUAAAGCAGACUAGUAGCAAUGCAUACGUACCAUCCAUGAAUUAUGUGCGAGCAAGGUGAAGCCCAUCUGAA